AUUUCCCCAGAUCUGCCACUUGUGGAGUCUCUGCUCAAAGAGCAAGUGGACUGACGGUGCCAUGGAUCACAAUAUAAGGACUAAUUAGGGAAGUAGGCUUGAAGAAUAAACUCACCAUUUAUGAAGAAGGAACCACUGACCUGAUAGAAACUGAACUCUCAACACCAGGUGUGGAAUUGCUAGAGUUCUGGAGAAGAUGCUGGUGCUCAACUGUUCUACCAAAUUACUGAUCCUGGAAAAAAUGUUGAAGAGUUACUUCCCUGAAUCACUCAAGGUUUAUGGAGCAGUAAUGAACAUGAAUCGUGGGAAUCCCUUUCAGAAGGAGGUGGUGGUGGAUUCGUGGCCAGACUUCAAAGCUGUUAUCACCCGGCGACAGAAAGAGGCUGAGACAGAUAACCUGGACCAUUAUACUAAUGCCUACGCUGUGUUCUACAAGGAUGUCAGGGCUUACCAAUGCCUGUUGGAAGAACAUGAUGUUAUCAACUGGGAUCAAGUUUUUCAAAUACAAGGGCUGCAGAGUGAGUUACAUGAUGUUUCCAAAGCUGUUGCCAACUCAAAGCAGUUAGGUGUAAAGUUCACUUCCUUCAAGGCUGUUCAAUUUUUCCCUCAUCCACUUCUGCCGGACACCAGUUCUCUAAAGGGCUCUGCUCCACGACUAACUUACCUGAGUGUUGAUGAUGCUGAUCUGCUCAACCGGACUUGGUCUAGGGGCGGCAAUGAACAGUGUCUCCGGUAUAUCACGAAACUCAUCUCUUGCUUCCCCAGUGUAUGUGUCAGGGAUGACAAGGGAAACCCAGUCUCUUGGUCUCUUACAGACCAGUUUUCCACCGUGUGCCAUAGCUAUACCCUGCCAGAGCAUCGCAGGAAAGGUUACAGCCAGCUGGUGUUCCUUACACUGGCCAGGAAGUUGCAAAGCCAGGGAUUCCCCUGUCAGGGCAACGUCCUAGAUGACAACACAGCAUCCAUAAGCCUCCUGAAGAAUCUCUGCGUUGAGUUCUUGCCCUGUAACUAUCAUAGGCUUAUUCUCACCCCUGCAGCUUUCUCUGGCUAAAUUUACCUCUAGCCCAUUGGAACGCCAGGAAUUUUCUUCUUUUCCCUAAACAUACGUACAUUCUGUAUCUGGCAAUGAAGGGAAUGUUCCAACUGGAAUCAGAAGAAUUGAAAAGGGCCCGGAGAAGACACGCAGCAUCAGCCUGAGAAGCCUGCCUUCUCCCUGCGUCAGGGUUCUACAGGAAAUAACCGGGGGUCAGAGACAGCAAUGGCUGAGAGGAGGAUGAUUAUCUUCCUUGGGGAUGCACCGCAGGAAAAAGGUCCUAAAGCCAGCAGUUCUCAGCCCAGUUAUAGAAAUGACUGCAUGAGA